AUGAAAGGAGUUCGUCAACCACCACCUGUGCCCGCUAGACAGGAUCUCAGUGAAGAUUUCCUAAAAAAAUGGGAUGAAUGGAAGCGUAUGAAAGAAACCAAUUCAGUACCGGCUUGGGAAGAAGAAGCAAAACCGGAUGAGGUGCUAGUUCAAACCUCAACUGGCCUUUUCAAAUUUCAAGGUAUAUCCCGUUCAUUCACUCGCAAACUUCACGAAUGGGAAAAAUCCCGGGGAAUUGCCCCUGAAGCAUCUACAUCCGCUCUCCUGCAAGCUGCACGAGCGCGCAACAAAGCUCCACCGGCACCACUCACACGCACCCAAUCUGAUGGCAGUGUAGCGCCAUCUAUCGCCGGGUCUGGACGUCACCACGCAUCUAGUCUUAGUGUUAAUGACGCCGAUGAUUUUGAGUCAGAAUAUGAAAGGGAACAUUGUGAUGAAGGUAUUGAUGAGGGUGAUGGUGUUCGAGGUGCAGUACUUGUAGAAGUAGAAGCUGAAGAAGUCUGCACAGCAGCCCCUCUCUUUGCUGUCUCGCCUCGACACACGCCUCAGAAGCCAGUAUAUACAUAUGGUCCGGCUGAAGCCCGACUACUAUGUGAAACAAACGCAACAGUCACAGGAACGGCUGUGUUACAACCCAACUCUGUUAUAUUUUCAGACGCACGUAGAAUAAAGUCAAAAGAAAAAACCGAAUCUAAAUCUAAGUCACCUCAUAAUCAACCCAAAGAAGAUGACAAAAUUAGUAAAAGAAAAAUAAAUCGACAACCGAGUAUAGAAGAGGAUGCUAGAUUUAUUAGAAAGACUAUAGAAGAAAUAGAACGUGGCAGUUCCUCUCGUUUUAAAGAGGAAACUACUGGUGAUGAAGAUAAUACUAUUUCGAUGAGUAGAAAAGCCGAUAAAGAAAUUCCUUCUACGAGUAAAGGUAUAAUUCAAAAACCUUCAAAACAAAUGUGCUCUGUAAAAGAAAAAGAAGAAGCUAAUGUCGAGGAUAUAUAUGAUGAAAAUAAACGUAAAGAAACAGAUAAAAGUAACGGGAAGAAAAAAUCAAAGUCAAGAGCUAGAUUGGAACGAGAACAAUCGAAACCUUCAGAAAGUGACACAGAGCAUGAUGUUGAUACUGUAACUGUUGAGAUUCCAAGAAGACGAAAAAGACCCCGAAAAGCAUCAGAGAGACCAAAAACUCCUCCCUCACACUAUCAUACGGAUUCUGAAGGCGAGGUAUUCGUACUGAAACUUAAAGCACCUGAACCCCGUGAUGGUUCUCCAGAAGUAAUAGUAAGAACAACUCGUAAAAUAUUUUCUCCUGUAGUAAGGAGUGGUGAAACUAUACCGCGGGCAGUCAUACCACUAGAUGUUGAUGAAUUAGUUGAAGCUACACCUUCAAUGAAUCAUUCAAACUACCACAACAAUGACAGCAGAAAAGCGGAAACAAAAUGCAAUAGAAUGAAAAAAGAUACAGAAACACCUUCUGGAGAUCUUCAAGAGAGUGAAGAACAACGUCCAAGGACAAGACCACCGUUACCAUCUUCCCCAUCGUCGCAACGUAAACCACAACCGAAAGAAACUGCACCAUCUAUACGGAUUAUGAUCCAACGGUAUAACAUGAAGAUUAACGAAGAAGGGCACACAUCUGGAGCCAGUAGUGGAACUUCUUCUCCUGCUUGGAGAUCUCCAACUGCUGAAAGACGUAGACCGCCUGACAUGCCUGUCGGGGUAAAUAUCAGAAAUAACCCAUUCCUUGAGAGAGAAGUACAGAAAUCAGCCAGUGCAUGUCAGUUAUCAGAACGUUAUCAAAACUCUGUUGAGAAACGGCUUGAACCUACGCCUGCAGCCGGACUUGAUGGUGUUUUGAAGUCACAUAGUGCUAAUGCUUUACAUCCAGAACAAUCCAGGGUCGAAUCACCAUCGCCCUUGUUUAACGAAAAGAAAAAAGAAGACAGCCAAGAGACUAUUAGACCUAUAACUGCGAGUACAGACACAAUCGUUCCUGAUUUGACAAAAAACUUACCAGAAUACCAGCAAAGCACCUACGUCACACAAUCAUUUCCAGUAUUAAGACAAUUAUCAGAUGUAAUAGUUCCCAGUGUAUCAAAGUUAAUUUCGGAAAAUCCCCGAAUAUUCGAUAGAUCGGUGUCAGCAACUACAGCCCCAUCGACUUUGGCGGAGACUGAUGUUGCAACAGCGAGAUUGUCAGAGCGAGCUGCCAAGAUUCGUGCUGCUAGAGAAAGAUUCCUUUCAUCUUCUAUUCCCAUGAGAAGAGAGGGUACCAGUUCAGCCAGCGACUUGAGGCCUGGUGACAGAUCGAGUCGAAUCAGUUGCGAAAGCGAUGUAACUGAGGCAACGAGUUCCAGUAAUCAAGAAACCACACUCGGUAGAAGUGCUUCCACGGGAAUGGUGAAUGUAGAUCGGGAAGCUUGGCAGAGAGUAGCAGAGGGAGGUGGUAGCCGGUCCUCUCGACCUAGAACUCGAUUCAGCUUGGCACGACUUGCGGCGCGGCUAAGACGCAAAGACGAGGGUGCUGUAUCCAGCCUUUGUAGGCAGAGCCUACUGGUUCAACUACGUAACAAACACUGA